AUGCGACGGCCACUGCAACUGUGGAGCAUGCUGGCCGGCCUCCUGCUGCUGCUCAGCGUCGCGCUCGCUGAGAGGCGGGACUUCCGGCUGCUGACGGACGUGGAGGUCGAGGCGAUCGUGAAGCUCGACCCGCCAGAAUGGCCAGCGGUAGAUGCGGGACACAUGGAACACCUGCUCGUCCCAAGAGUAUCCGGUACAGAGAACAACACCAAAGUCCAGGAAUACCUGUCCUCUGUCAUGACGGGGUUGGGCUGGGCAGAGGAGAAAGUCGCGCACAAGGAGAACACGCCGCUGGGCGAGCGCGAGUUCACAAACCUCGUCUACACCUUUGAUCCGGACGCUCCGCGGCGUCUAGUGCUGUCGGCGCACUUUGACUCGAAGUGGUUUGACGGCCAGGACUUUAUCGGUGCGACCGACUCGGCCGCGCCAUGCGCCUACCUCCUCGACAUUGCCGAGGCGCUGACGCCGCUGAUGAAGGCGCGCGCGGAGCGCAUCAAGGCGGGCAACCCCCGCUUGAGUGCGACAGUCGACGAGCUCGAGGACAGCGAGGUGUCGCUGCAGCUCGUCUUCUUCGAUGGCGAAGAGGCCUUCCACCAGUGGACGUCCACGGACUCGGUGUACGGCUCGCGCAACCUCGCUGAGGUAUGGGAGGUGACGCCGCUGGCCGACACGCAUCCCCUGAGCCGGCGGAGGGGCAGCCCCAGCGUGCUGGACACGAUCGACGUGUUAGUGCUCCUGGACCUGCUGGGCGCCAAAUCACCCCAGAUCACGAGCCACUACAAGAACACAGAGUGGAUGUUCCGCGAGCUCGAGGACAUCGAUGCGUACCUGAGGAAGAACAAGCUGGUCGAGGGGGAUGACAGCUGGUUCAACGCCCUCGGCCGCGGGGGACAUAUUGACGACGACCACCGGCCCUUCCUCCAGCGCGGGGUUCCUAUUCUGCACCUCAUUCCCGUGCCCUUUCCCGACGUAUGGCACAAGAUGGCAGACAACAAGGACGCGCUCGAUCUCGCCACGUGCAGGCGGUGGAUCAGCAUCAUGCGCGUCUUCACGGCACGAUACCUCGGCCUCGCGCCUGAUGUUGCGCUCGAGGAGAAACCGAAUGGGAAAGUCGUCACGACUGCCGUCGGUGCGGAUCUCGCCAAGCAGACUCCGAAAGAGGUCAAGACGCAAGAGAGGGAGAGGGACGAGCUGGUAAGGACCUCCAGCACGUGA